AGGAUCCCAUCAGGUGUAGGAGGAGGCAAGAUCCGGUGGCCGAUGGCGGUUUCGAUUGCGCUUGCUGUUACGUGCUUCACUUCUCUUCUUCACAAAAACUUCUCCUUGCAGAGCCAGGUCACGGAUUUACAGGACCGGCUUGUUAUUGCCAAUACAAGAUUAAAACCAUGUCUUUUAGAUGGUCCCUUGGAUAUUGGCGACUCUGUAUCGGACAACACCAGCCAUAUAUCAAAUCGAAGUCUAAAGAAUUCUGCAUUGUUUUUCUCACUUGCUAUAUUGUCCAUCCCGCUAAUUUUUCUGAGGUAUGUUGAUUGCGUGUCAAGAUUAAGAAGAUCAGCAGAUUCUGAAGAAGUCUCCCUCAACAAGCAGUUAGCAUAUCGUGUUGAUGUGUUUUUAUCAGUCUAUCCCUAUUCCAAGCCAUUGGUUCUACUACUUGCAACUUUCUUGCUGAUAUGUGUUGGCGGCUUGGCACUCUUUGGUGUAACUGAUGAUAGCUUCGCGGACUGCCUCUGGCUGUCUUGGACUUACGUGGCUGACUCUGGUAAUCAUGCGAAUUCUGUUGGUGUUGGUCCUAAGUUAGUUUCAGUAUCCAUAAGUUUUGGUGGAAUGUUGAUAUUUGCGAUGAUGCUUGGGCUUGUCUCUGAUGCAAUCUCUGAGAAAUUUGAUUCUUUGAGGAAGGGAAGAAGUGAAGUUAUAGAGAAAGAUCAUACACUAAUCCUCGGUUGGAGCGACAAGUUGGGAUCUUUACUGAAUCAACUUGCAAUAGCCAAUGAAAGUUUGGGUGGUGGAAACGUGGUAGUGAUGGCUGAGAGAGACAAGGAGGAAAUGGAAUCAGAUAUUGCCAAAAUGGAAUUCGACUUUAAGGGGACAUCUGUAAUAUGCAGAAGUGGAAGCCCUUUGAUUCUUGCUGAUCUGAAAAAGGUCUCUGUUUCCAAGGCUCGUGCGAUCGUGGUGUUAGCUGAAGAUGGAAAUGCAGAUCAGAGUGAUGCUCGGGCGUUAAGAACUGUUUUGAGCCUAUCAGGAGUCAAAGAAGGGCUACGAGGACAUAUAGUUGUAGAACUCAGUGAUCUCGAUAAUGAGGUCUUAGUUAAGCUUGUAGGUGGGGAUCUUGUUGAAACUGUUGUCGCACAUGAUGUGAUUGGUAGAUUGAUGAUUCAGUGUGCUCGUCAGCCUGGUCUUGCUCAGAUUUGGGAAGAUAUUCUUGGGUUUGAAAAUUGUGAAUUUUACAUCAAAAGAUGGCCACAGUUGGAUGGAUUGCUGUUUGAAGAAGUACUAAUCAGCUUUCCUGAUGCUAUUCCUUGCGGUGUAAAGGUGGCAGCUUAUGGAGGAAAGAUCAUUUUGAAUCCAGAUGAUUCCUAUGUUCUACAAGAGGGUGAUGAGAUACUGGUGAUUGCAGAAGAUGAUGAUACUUAUGCCCCAACAACAUUGCCUAUGGUCAAAGAGGCAGUUUAUAUUGACAUCAUUCGGCCUCCAAGACAGCCACAGAAGAUUCUACUUUGUGGAUGGAGACGGGAUAUUGAUGAUAUGAUAGUGGUGUUGGAUGCUUUUCUAGCACCGGGAUCAGAGUUAUGGAUGUUUAAUGAUGUACCUGAGAAUGAGAGGGACAAAAAGCUUGCAGACGGAGGUCUGGAUUUCAGUCGCCUAGAGAAUAUAACUUUGGUCAAUCGUGAGGGGAAUGCUGUCAUCCGCCGGCACCUGGAAAGCUUGCCUCUUGAAUCAUUCAAUUCUAUUUUGAUUUUGGCCGAUGAGUCGGUUGAAGACUCAGCAAUUCAGGCCGAUUCAAGGUCUCUUGCAACCUUACUGCUCAUCAGAGAUAUACAGGCGAAGCGACUGCCAUAUGAAGUAACCAUGGUCUCACAAGUUCAUAGAGGAAGCUUCUCCCAGGGUUCUUGGAUUGGGGAAAUGCAGCAAGCAUCUGAUAAAUCUGUCAUAAUUAGUGAAAUUCUAGAUCCUAGGACGAAAAAUUUAUUGUCCAUGUCAAAGAUCAGCGACUAUGUACUAUCAAAUGAACUGGUAAGCAUGGCCUUGGCAAUGGUUGCAGAAGACCGCCAGAUAAAUGAUGUCUUAGAAGAGCUCUUUGCGGAAGAGGGAAAUGAGAUGCAGAUACGACCAGCUGAUCUCUACCUUCGAGAAGAGGAAGAGAUGAAUUUCUAUGAGAUAAUUCUACGUGCUAGACAAAGGAAAGAAAUCGUAAUCGGGUAUCGUCUCGAAAAUGCUGAGCGUGCGAUUAUGAACCCACCAAACAAAGAUACGAGGAGAAAGUGGUCGUCUAAGGAUGUCUUUGUAGUCAUAGCUGAGAAGGAAUGACUUCAUUGGAUAGCCUAUGAAUGAGAAUGGACUUUAACGAAGAAGAGAAUAAAGCGAAGGUUUCGAACCAGAAGAAGCAUUGAGGUAGCAACUGAUGACUGAUUGAAAUGUUUACCAAAAACAAUUACAUUUUAAAUGGCAAAAAUGCGUCAGAGCUUUAUGGGCGAAAACAACAGCAUAUAUAGUGACGGGGGUAAAAAGACCAAGUAGACUAUUGGCCCGAAUCAUCGUCGAACGUCAAACAUCUCAGCAGCUCCUAUCGAGAGCUGAGGAAAUAGUUGGCCAACAUGAGUUUGUUAUACUGAAGCAUAAAAUGUAGAGCUUUAUUCAGCAUAUCGAUCUACAAAUGAAUAAUAUUGAGAUGAAAUGUCUCAAUAAAUGUGUAAAAUUCUUCCCUUUUGUGUUAGAUAUAUAGAUUAAAUGUACUAUAUUGCUCGAGAGUUCAAGGGGAAGUAUAGUGUUACUCAGAGGGGUAUAUCUUUGAAUGACCCCAACCCCGCAAAAGAAAAAAAGAAAAGAAGAAUUGCGGAUAGUUCAAAAGGCUCUGUAAUUUUUUUUUCGAGAAGAGAUUUAGGAUCUGAUGAGAUUCAUGUGAAAGCCUACAAAAUUUUCAUUGUAAAUGCAAAUUCAGUUCGUAAAUCUGCUCGAAUGAUCAUACUACUAAAUGCUUAUGCUUGUU